GCUCAUCUGCCACAGCUGUAUCCAGCCUAGCUCCUCAGUGCUCAGACAUGCAUACUGUCUACAGGAGUUAUGUUCUCUGGUGUGUGUCUUUGGGGAGAACCUGCUGGUAAGCAGCUGCAGAGAACAGGGUGGCAGUGAGCUUCCCACAGAGGUUACAAAAUCAUGCUUUGGUGUCUCCUGCUAGCUGUCAGCAGGCAGUGCUUGGAGCCAUGAGCUGUGCCUGCCAUGUGGCCUGCACACACUCGUGCCACCAGAAGAGCAUUAAGGUGUCUGUCUGGGGCUGGGCUGAGCCCAAGCCCAGCUUCCACCUCCUUUCCUGCCUGGAACCCCCCUAUGCAGCCACCCAGGUGGCACCGGCACAGCCGUGCCCGGCACCCGGAACCAGGGGCUCUGUGACAUCGGCGUUGGCGCUGAGGGCUCCGUGGGCAACGCGGGCACCACACCACGAUCGGUUGCUGUGUUGGUGGCAACAAGCCCAGGGCACGAGCAGCUGCCUCUUGCCAUUGGGAAUGAUGAAUGUGCUGCCCUUCCUCCUGCUGCUGGCCAUGGGCUGGCUUGUGCAAGGCUCAUCAAGCAACUGUGUGUGAGUAGUCUGAGGCUUUGGGAGGGAGCCUGGGGGGACCCUUACGGAGUUCACUGGAGGAUGUCCCCUUGUCCCCUGUACCACAGCAGAGCUUCCAAGACCCCAUGGGGGAAGCUCGAUUCCUCACCAGCAUCCAGGCUGCUGGCACAACUCAUCCACAGGGCUAAAGCAGAAAUGGGCAUGGCCAGACACGACCCAGGGGCCCCACUGUCCACACUGUGCCUCCUGGGGAGGGAAGGUGGCUCACGUUCAGCAUGAACAGAGCAAAGGAAAGGUGAGCAAGGCACUAAAGAGUUUCUGAUUACAGGACCUGCGGGCUCCGCCCGAUGGCUGAUCACUACGGCAUGAUGCGCGUCGUGGGCGGCACGAAUGCCCAGCCAGGAGCCUGGCCCUGGAUCGUCAGCAUCCAAAAUCCCUGGUAUUCAGGUGUUGGGCAUGUAUGUGGAGGGUCCCUCAUCAGCCCACAGUGGGUCCUCACAGCAGCACACUGCUUCGAAAAUGCAAGUUAUGUCACCAUGUGGCGUGUGGUGGUCGGUGCCAACCGGUUGUCUCAGCUGGGCCCUGAGGUUGAAGUGCGCAAUAUUAAGCGGCUACUGAUGCAUGAAUACUAUAGAGGUAUCAAAUCAGGGCACGACAUUGCACUGCUGGAAUUGGACCAACCUGUCUGGUGCAGUCAAUAUAUACAACUUGCCUGCGUGCCUGAUGCCUCACUGAGGGUGAUGGAUCUGUCAAACUGCUACAUCAGUGGUUGGGGUUCUACACUGGAAAGAUCUGGACGAUCUCCUGAUAUCCUGCAGGAGGCCAUGGUCAAUCUCAUCGACCUCAAACUCUGCAACAGCAGCCGGUGGUAUAGAGGAGCCAUCAAGACCCACAAUUUGUGUGCUGGUUAUAUGCAGGGUGGCAUCGACACCUGCCAGGGUGACAGCGGUGGUCCUCUCGUGUGCAAAGAUAACAAUGCUGACUACUUCUGGCUCGUUGGCGUGACAAGCUGGGGGACAGGCUGCGCUAGAAUGCGCCGGCCUGGAGUAUACACCUCCACUCAGCACUUUUAUGAAUGGAUCCUGGUACAGAUGGGACUGCACACAUCAGUACGAACCUCUCCAACAUCACGGGAUUGGAGUCAUUUUAUGACUGCCUCCACUUCUUUCCAGAGGCCGAAGCCAAGGCCAACAAAAGCAAGCAAGAUUAACUCCUGCCCAUUUCCACUUCAGAAACUCACAGAAUUCUUUAGUCGGGUGCAGGAGCUCUUGUAUGCCCUAAAGGGAAAUAAUGCUUGA